AUGUUCAACGCCUUCACUGUUAACGACCUUGCUCUUGUGGACCAAAAGCCAGCAAACUCUGCUGGCAAGACCCUGGCCGAGUUCCAGACUCUUCUGAACGAUACCAACUCCACGGGACGUCCGAUCCGUUCGCGAAAUGGAUGCGGAGAAUGUCGCAGACGCAAAAAACGCUGUGACGAAACCAAGCCAGUCUGCAAACUGUGCAAGAGACUGGGUAUUGAGUGUGUAUGGCGCCAACCUGGUACAGAGCGCAAGAAUGCCAAACGACGCCAGUCCCGGGCCAUCAAGGUUCGGUUAAGUUCUGUGGAGGAAACAUCGGGAGUAUCAGCCACUCAUAUGCUUAUUGACACACUUAGGACAAAUCUUCAAACUUCCUUCGACUAUGAACCACAAACGAACGUUUUCUCGCUGCCCUUUAUUCGUCAUCUCAGUGAAACAGAGAGCCGGUAUCUAGAUUAUUACAUCAACUAUGUCUCCUCAACCCUUUCUCUUCUGCCUCAGGAAACAAAUUAUCUGUUGAGCCUUUACAUUCCUCUGGCAGUCCACAACAAAGCCAUUAUGAGUGGACUUAUUGGUUGGUCCGGGCUUUUUUUGGCAGGCACCAAGUCAGAGGAAACUCCAAUGAAAUAUAUCCAAAAUGCCGUGGAUCUUUGCGACAAAACCCUCAAAUCAAAGGAGCUAACAAUACCUGAUAAGUUGGAACUUGUGUGUGUGUUUUUCAUCCUUUGUGCUGCAGAGAUUUGUGUUGGCGAUGUUAAGAACUGGUACGAUAUCUUUGGCAGGCUGCACAAAUUCAUUUUGGACGAGUGCAACGGCAAUUUGAAAACCCUGUUGGGACUACUGGGUGAUACAGAGGGGGCCAAAUGGUUGCUGUCCAAUUUUCUCUAUCAUGACGUCCUUAGCAGCUCUAGUCACGAAGAAGGCACUUUGUUCCCUAUUGAUCAGUACUGCGAGGCACUGGACAUAAUCCCGGGCACCACGCAAUUGAUGGAUUCAGGUACCGUCUGUGAUCCAUUGCAGGGAUGCGUCCGACCAAUGUACGUUUUGCUCGGCCAAAUAAUCAACACGAAGCACAAGUUGGACAAGAUGCAGGAGAAAUUGGAUGCUAUUGAGGAUCGUGACUCCUAUAAACAGAAAAAAUUCGAGUUCUUAACAGCGCUGGAGAUGGACUUCGAAGAGUUGGAAACUCGAAUCAAAAAUACUAAUCCACAUACUCCCUCGUUACUGCUUUUGAAGGACGACAAAGAGCUCGAAGAUCAUCUUACGUUGUUCGAGACCUACAAAUUAAGUUUGAGGAUCUAUCUUCGCUACAUGAUACGGAAGACCCCUCCAGCAUUGCCAGAAAUACAGCUAAUGCUCCAAGAGCUCACGCUCUGUAUGGACGUGAUAAUGGAUACGAAUGUGCAAUCUGGCUUAUGUUUUGCCCUCAUGGUGGCUGGAAUUUCGUGUGUCGAUCCCGUGGAUCAUUCCCAGUUAAAAACUUUGAGCUCGUUUUGA